CGCUGAUGCGUUGUCGUAUUGGGGAACAGGAAGUUCCGGGUCGAAACGACAGAACUGUGCUGUUGUGUCGAUAGUGGUUGUGUCCGUUUCAAAUGUAUCAUGUAGACCUUAAUCUGAGGCCAGUAAUCUGAGGCCAGUAACAUCAACAGUGAGGACAAACGCAACCUGUCUCUCUCCUUCCACACUGAGUAGGAACCUACAGUCACUGGGUCCUGAUUGUGACAGUGGAGCCCAGUUUGCUCUGCAGGAUCCAGAGAUGGCAUCAGUGAAACUGGAAGACUGCAGUCAAACACUGGAGCUGAAUAUCAACAUUAAAGAUGAAGAGGAAGAGGAGGAGAAGAUUAGGACAACUGUUAGUCACGGAUACCAUGUGGAGACAUUCUCCACAUCCAGAGAGCAACAGCAGGAAGAUCAGAGAGCUAAGAGGUCUCACCACUGCCCACAUUGUGAAGAGAUUUUCCCAUUUCUAUCAAAGCUAAAAAUACACCUAAAAAUACACACAGGAGAGAAGCCUUACUCCUGCUCUGACUGUGGAAAAUGUUUUAAAACAUUAGGUUAUAUAAAGGUUCACCAGAGAACACACACAGGAGAGAAGCCUUACGUCUGCUCUGACUGUGGAAAAUGCUUCACAAUAUCAACUCAUCUAAAAGCUCAUCAGAGAACACACACAGGAGAGAAGCCUUACGUCUGCUCUGACUGUGGUAUAUGUUUUAAAACAUUAGGUUAUAUAAAGGUUCACCAGAGAACACACACAGGAGAGAAGCCUUUCUUCUGCUCUGACUGUGGGGCGAGUUUCUCUCAGCUGGGCACCUUAAAAACACACCAACGUAUACACACAGGAGUGAAGCCUUAUUCCUGCUCUGACUGUGGAAAAUGCUUCAAAACAACAAAUGAGCUAAAAGUUCACCAGAGAACACACACAGGAGAGAAGCCUUACUUCUGCUCUGACUGUGGAAACUGUUUUCGAACAUUAUAUGAGAUAAAAGUUCAUCAGAGAACACACACAGGAGAGAAGCCUUACGUCUGCUCUGACUGUGGAAAAUGCUUCAAAACAUCAAAUGAGCUAAAAGUUCACCAGAGAACACACACAGGAGAGAAGCCUUAUUCCUGCUCUGACUGUGGAAAAUGUUUUCGUACAUUAUAUGAGAUAAAAGUUCAUCAGAGAACACACACAGGAGAGAAGCCUUACGUCUGCUCUGACUGUGUAAAGUGCUUCAAAACAUCAAAUGAGCUAAAAGUUCACCGGAGAACACACACAGGAGAGAAGCCUUAUUCCUGCUCUGACUGUGGAAAAUGUUUUCGAACAUUAUAUGAGAUAAAAGUUCACCAGAAAACACACACAGGAGAGAUGCCUUAUUCCUGCUCUGACUGUGGAAAACGUUUUAAAACAUCAAAUGAGCUAAAGGUUCAUCAGAGAACACACACAGGAGAGAAGCCUUUCUUCUGCUCUGACUGUGGGGCGAGUUUCUCUCAGCUGGGCACCUUAAAAACACACCAACGUAUACACACAGGAGCGAAGCCUUAUUCCUGCUCUGACUGUGGAAAAUAUUUUAAAACAUCAAAUGAGCUAAGAAUACAUCAGAGAACACACACAGGAGAGAAGCCUUAUGUCUGCUCUGACUGUGGGAAGAGUUUCUCUCACCAGGGCAACUUAAAAACACACCAACGUAUACAUUAACUUCCUGUGGGUACCUGGGACGGUUGCCUCCCACCUGGUCAACAUCCGGUGAAAUUGCAGAGUGACCAAUUCAAAUUUAAUUACUAUAAAUAUUUACAUUUCAUGAAAUCACAAGUGUAAUACAUCAAAAUAAAGCUUAACUUGUUGUUAAUCUAGCCGCCAUGUCAGAUUUCAAAAAGGCUUUAAGGCGAAAGCAAACCAUGCGAUUAUCUGAGGACGGCGCUCAGCACACAAAACAUUACAUACAGUUACCAGCCAAGUAGACUAGUCACGAAAGUCAGAAAUAUGAUGAUCUUCAUAUGGUUGCACUCACAACACUCCCAGUUACACAAUAAAUGUUCAUUUUGUUCGAUAAAGUCCCUCUUUAUAUCUUGAAACCUCCAUUUUGUUGGCACAUUUUGUUCUGUAAUCCAAUGGCUCAAAUGCGGUCACAAGAGCAGACGCAAAUUCCAAAUAGUAUCCGUAAAGUUUGUAGAAACAUGUAAAACGAUGUUUAUAAUCAAUCCUCAGGUUGUUUUUAGCCUAAAUAAUCGAUAAUAUUUCAACUGGCAACAGCGUCGUCAAUAUAGAAGAAAAACAAGAAAGGUGCUCUCUGCAGGACCCAGCCCUGGGGACAUCCCACUAUCCACUGACUCAAUGUGGUCAUUCUCCCUCAUUUUUCAGAAUACAAGCCUGAAACAAUGUCUAAAGACUGUUCACAUCUAGUGUUAGCCAUAGGGAACGGAAUCUGGGUCUUAUCCCUUUAAAUGGUGGAUAGGCUUUCAUUGGAAAAACAGCCAUUUCAAAAUAAUGGCACUUCCUGGAUGGAUUUUCCUCAUGUUUUUGCCUGCCUUUUCAGUUCUGUUAUACUCACAGACAAUAUUUUUUAAGUUUUAGAAACUUUGGAGUGUUGUCUUUCCAAUUCUACUAAUUGUAUGCAUUUCCUAGCUUCUGGUCCUUCUGGAACGCUUUUAAUCUGGAGGUGAAAAUAGUGACCCCUACCCUAGUGAGGUUAAGGAGAAAAGCCUCAUCGGUUCUCUGACCAGCUAAGAAUAAAGUCACUCCAUCACUUAAUUCUCAUCUCAUAAAAGAAGUUGUAAUUGGAUCAAAUGAAGAAAGCGGAGAACACUGUAAUCCUAUUGGUUCUCACUGUGAGAGAACUGUGCAGAGGAAAGGGAGCGUUAUAGAAUGUUAGCCUCUCUUUACUGAUCAGUGUGCACCUUGUCAGUUUUGGUGUGUUUUGUUGGCUUCUACUGUAAAGAUUUGCACUUGUUGAAUACCCUCUGUUAUUCUUCUCAUUUUGAAAACAAACACUAGUCUGCCAAUUGACUGGGUGGUACUGCUUCCCUCUCAGCCUGGCCUGACUCUGUCUGUAGGGAGAGUUUCAACUGGGCAGUUUACACGUAGGAGAGAAGCCUUACUCCUGCUCUGUGGAAGGGUGGGCGUGUAAACUCAAACGUCAUGCCAGAGGUUGAGUGUUUGAAUCUCAUCACGGGAGGACUUUAGCAUUUUAGCUAAUUACCAACUUGGCAACUACUUACUACUUCUUAGCUAUUACUUAGCAUGUUAGCUACCCUUUCUCCUAAACACAUUUAACUCUAUCUUAAACCCCUCACCCGUAACCAAGCUAAUGUCAGCAACAACAAAUUGGAAUUCGGAACAUAUCAUACAUAUUACAAGUUCGUAACAUAUUGUAUGAAUAGCAAUGCGUAAAAUAACAUACUAAUUGUCAUUCUUAACAUACGAUACGUCCUGCAAGUCGUAUUAUACUGAACAACAAUCUAAACGUAACAAUUUCAAAGAUUUACAGUUUGUAUAAGGAAAUCAGUCAAUUGAAAUAAAUGAGGCCCUAAUCUAUGUUAGGUUACAUUACAUUGGACCUCCAAUAUAAACUAAACAUGUAAAGUGUUGGUUUCAUGAGCUGAAAUAAAAAGAUCCAGCACAAAAAGCUAAUGUCUCUCAAAUGUUGUGCACAACUUUGUUUAUAUAUACUGUUAGUGAGCAUUUCAGCCUUUGUCAAGAUAAUCCAUCCACCUGACAGGUGUGGCAUAUCAAGAUGCUGAUAAAACAGCAAACUUUAUUGAUCUGCCAAUGAAAAAUAAAGUUACAUGAAUAUGUACUGGUCAACCUCUUCUUCUCUUUAGUAUUCAGUUCUUCAUAUUAGAUCUGACAGUAUGAAUGGUUCUUAUGGUUGUAUUCAGUUCUUCAUAUUAGAUCUGACAGUAUGAAUGGUUCUUAUGGUUGUAUUCAGUUCUUCAUAUUAGAUCUGACAGUAUGAAUGGUUCUUAUGGUUGUAUUCAGUUCUUCAUAUUAGAUCUGACAGUAUGACAGUAGGACAGAGAAGUGCUUAGACUGGGCUGAGAGGUUGCUUGACCUCCUGUAGCAGUGGGACGGCCAUGAGACCAGAGGUAGCAGAACUGAGUGCUCGGGUUGGGAUACAGGGUUUGAGCUUUAAGGUAGAGAUGGGGCAGUUCUUCUUGCUGCACCGUAAGUAAACACCAUUAUCUUGUAGUGGAUGUGAGCUUCCACUGGAAGCCAGUGGAAUGUACGGAGGAGCAGGGUGACAUGGGGGAUCUCGGGAAGGUUAAACACCCAGACGGACUGCAGUGUUCUAGAUAAGUUCAGUGGAGACCCAUCAUUCAGGGCAGGUGAGCCACCUGUUUUGAGCACCACAGUUUUAGCAAUAAAACAGUGAGAAAAUAAAGUAUCUGUUUGCAAACAAUGUAAAAAAACAUGUUAUUGACUUGUUAAUAAAGCCGCAUACAAACAUGG